AUGCUGUUUAUGCUCCAUGCUUUUAGUUCGAUAGAACUGGAGUACCGAGGUCAUGAUCCGGAAGUCCUGAAGUCUUACACCAAAUUUCUUGAGAAACAUACUUAUUUUGAAUUUGUGAAGCUUGGAGAAGUAACUGCUUCUUCUAGGCUCACAUUUUUGGAAUAUAUCGAACGGAAUAUUCCUGAAGGUGUCGGAAUGCGAAUUGGUUAUGUAGAAAUGCAGCCUUUGCCUCCUACGGUUAAGCCAAACGUCACGAGUACAUAG